CUUGCAAUUCUUGUUUAUUUUUAUUUAUUAUUAAAAUUACUGAUGCCGAGCCUAGGAAAUUACUAUGGAACGAGCCAUGUCUAUGUAUAAUAGUUCAACUCAGCCCCAGUGUAGAGUAUGUCUUCAGCAAUGCAGUGAACAGUAUUCUUCUUUAUUUGACUUCAUAGAAGACACUCCUAUCCAUGAGCAUAUCACUUCUCUAGUUGACAUAAAGAUCUCGGAAAAUGACGGAUAUCCACAAGUAAUAUGUCGCUGCUGCCUUCAGGAUCUGCAGGUGGCCAUUAGCUUCCGGCAGAGAUGUUUAAAUACUAACAGUAGUCUCAGUGAAUUGGAGCUACUCAAGCCAGUUAAAAAAGAAGAGAUUAAAUCAGAUGAAUAUGAUGAUGAUAAUGACGAUCAUGAACCAAGCUAUGAAGAUGAAGCAAUCUACAAAGAUGACCAAGGAACUUUGACUGAGCUUCAGAUAAGUAUUGAUAAAAGUCAGCUUCACCCGUUUAUCCAUAUAGCACAGAUAAACAGUGUAAAAUCAUACAAAGUGAACCCAGAGCCUGCAUUCCAGUGCCAUGAUUGUGGAGAAACCUUCAGGACUAAGUGUAAACUACGGGUACAUUGGAAAAAGAUUCAUUUGCCAUUUGCCUACAAGUGCCUAAUUUGUAAAAGAAUAUUCAAAAGUCCACGAGCAUAUCACAAACAUUUGAAAAAUAAUGAAAAGAAGGUUUGUGUCAAUCUCCAGGAGGUAAUGGUUGAGGGAGAGGGCAACGAACGAAAAUUUGUGUGUAGAAAGUGUAACCAUUCAACUAAGUCCCGUUUAUACAUGGAGACACAUUCAAAGGUACAUGGUCUGAAGAUGUUUGCUUGUGACAUGUGUCCACAAAUGUUUAGACAAAAAUCGGCACUGUCUACCCAUAAAAAAUACACACAUAAACUAUGUACUGACAAAUUCACUUGUCACAUCUGUGGCAAACAAAUGGUUGGAAAACCAUUCCUUAUUAAACACCUAAGACGAAGACAUAGUAAUAAAGUCCAGUGUGAUAUCUGUAAAAAAGAAUAUAAAAAUAGAGAUUACCUAGUUGAGCACAUGAAGAGGCAUAAUGAUAAAAAAACUCACAACUGUACAAUCUGUACAAAGUCAUAUUAUACAACAAGUGCUCUACUGCAACAUCAACAAAUAGUUCAUGAAAAGAAACAAUAUCAAUGCAAGAUUUGUGGUUACAAAUCCACAAACAGUGUUAAAAAGCAUGAAUUACGGCACACAGAUGGAAAUGUUGCAUGUGUGACCUGUGGUAAAUUUUUUGAAAACAACUCUAAGCUACAGAAGCAUGCUGAGGUCCAUAACUCAGAAAAGAAGUUUUUCUGCCCUAUUUGUAACCACAAUUUCCUUAGGAAAAAAUCUGUCGGACAUCAUAUUGCUCAAAAGCAUAGAAUUAAAAAUGAUCCAAUGACAUAGUAGGAAGGUAGUGUGCUCUGUGCUGGCAAUUACCCUGGGCCUGGAGUUCAGCUGACAAUUAGGGCUAUGCAUUUUUAUUUUAUUGAAUAAUAUUGUAAGUACAUAAUUUAUAUUUUAAAUAAAUACUUUCAAUAUUUAAA